AUGCCCAUGAAAAUACAACCUGUGGUGAGCACCGAUAGCAUUUGUAAUAAGGAGAGCGGAUUAGCUUCCGUUCAUAGCUCGAUGGCUCAAACCAACGCCAGUAUUGUUCUUGAAGAUCAUCACUCCUCAAUGAAAAACGAAAUUGCAAAAAAGCAAUCCCACCGAUGUUCUGGAUGUUUUUCCGUUCAGGUUUUUAUUAUCAUGGCCAUCACGAUACUGCUCAUGACUUGCUCGUGUUUGGUAUGGCUCACAUCAUUCCUUUCAACGAAACAAGCCUUAAACGAUUUGACCAAAGACUUGAUGAUCUCCGCUGGUAGGAAUGUUUUGACCUAUGUCGACUCGCAGAUUCGACCAAUCAUUGCUGCUACUCAGACAGUCGCAGACGACUAUAACAUUGGUCUAGUUCCAAAAUUCCCUUCCUUUCCAUAUCUUCAUACGAAAUUUAAUGCCUUCAACCCUUAUGGUAUUGGACUGAUAUUUAGUGAUGAAUUACAUACGUUCAACUUGUUUGGUGUACCUCCCAACGAGGUAUUAUCCUAUUACUACAAGCCAGUGGAUGAAUAUGUAUUAUAUACGAUGAGUGUGAAUGCAUCCAAUGGAGCAAUAACUGGCCAACUGAAAGUCACUCCCAACUAUGACAUUGUCAAACAAAGCUAUUGGGUGUAUAGUUUUGAACAAUUUCCAAAGCUUAAAACAGAGCAUGUCAUUGGUGAGCCGUAUUACGUACCUGGAGGAGGCUACACCAUAUAUUGUUGUGUUAAAUUAUACGACCCUACUGAGUAUGCAAAAGGAAACAAACGAGUCGUGGGUGUUGCCAAAACAAAUCUUUCUUUGAACUUGAUUCAGAAAUUUCUUGCUGGGCUCAAAAUUCUUGGCUCUGGUUUUGUAUUAGUUUCACAAACUGACAAUGAUUUGGUUAUUGGUGGUAGUAUUAAUACUAGGGCUGAUGAUGGAAUUUCAAGAGUCUCUAUUUAUGAUUUAAAAGAUCAAAACGCUGGUGAUUUGAUGAAGAAUAUACAAUCUGUUUAUGGCAGUCUAGCACGUGCACCAGGUUUUAUUUCUCUUUCUUCUAAUGGAGUGGAUUAUUAUGUUUUAAAGUUAGAGUAUACCCUUGCCAACUUGGUUUGGGCUGUUUUCGUUGUUGUACCCAAAGGUGAAAUAGAAUUGGCAACGAAUAUAAGCACUGGAGUGACUGUAGCUGUAGCUGUGGUGGUAACCAUUAUUGGUAUUUUAAUAGCCAUAUUUAUUGGCUAUACUACAACAGCUCCUUUACGGCAUUUGGAGAAGCAGUUCAGUAAGAUUAAGACAAUGGACUUUGAACAUUUGGAAUUUAUUUCAAGUGUUUUCAAAGAGGUAGACAAGAUUUUUGUCUAUUUGCACGAUAUGGUUGUUUGGCUGAACGAAAUUAAGACAUUCGUUCCAGAGAGCGUAUUUGUGCAGCUCAAAAACUACAGCAAAGACCAUAAUCCCCAACACCCAACCUCUACCAAUCUAAUCACUCCAGCAGAACAAAGCGACAUUGGUUCUGUUAAUUAUUCCAUGUCCAGCAUUUCUUCAUUGUUAAUUGGGCAAAAGAAGGGUAAUACCUUAUUUAAGAUGGGUCUGUCUGCUCGGAACAGUGCAGUCGUGAGAAUUUGGCUGUCCAAUUUCGUUGCAAAAAAUUCUUCGCAUGAAAUCACCAGUGUCUUUGCCAAAAUUAGCUCUGGCUUGUGUGCAAUAGCAAAAGCAGUUCAAGCAGAUUUUCAGGCUCUCUCCGUGGAUGAGUAUCAAUUGACACUUUCACCAGAGUCAACCUCUAACACCACCAAUUCCAAAAAAAGCGUGCAAGUACAAGCGCUUGAAGCAGCCCUUAAAUUUGCCAAGGUUGUUUCCAACAUUAACGACACGAGUGAUGUUGCCAAAAUUAAGUGCAGAAUUGGUGUAAGUUCUGGACAGACUUAUGCAGGUAAUUUAGGAUGUAGCUCGUUUCGGUCGUUCUUUGUGGUUGGUGGGCUACCAGAAAACGCAAAGAAAAUGUCUCGAUUAGCUGAUAUUUUAGGAUGUAAAAUUCUCACAGAUUCCACCACACUGGACGAUGAAACUGUCAAGCAAUUUGUUGUGAGGCCGGUUGAGAGAUUGUUGCUUUAUCCAAGCAUUCACAACGAAUUGAACGCUGAACCUGUGAUUUCAACCGUUUACGAAGUGACAAAGGAAAAAGUCGUUGAUGAAUCGGAAUGGAUGUACGAGUUGCAAGCACAAGAACACCACCAACAGAUUGAAGAAUUUGAUUCAAUGUUUGUGUUAGGAAAAAAUUAUGAAUAUUUGGCCGAGUAUGCGUUGUUUGAUGUUAUUAAGGCCUCUGUUUCUCAACUUGAGGAGCAUUUGAUUCUUCACACCAAUGACCGUAUUGCAUCUCGGUUGUUGAAAAUCAUGAGGAUUCUCUAUCAAUACGCUAAAGAUGAUCAAAACGCUGUGUCUCUUCAUCGCCUGCUGACUCACUACCAUUCAAGACUAGAGUAUUCUUUGAAUGAGGUGUUUCCUUCGAUAUCGGACCUCGAAAGUGCUGGGCCAAAGCGUUGA